ACCAGUCUCCGUUCAAUGGCUCAGAACCACAAAGAACUGCUGAUGCCAAGACUGCAUGAUGUCUGCCUGGCAGUUAUAGACGAGGUGAAGAACCUGCGCUCUGCAGUGUCCCGUGCUGCCAUGGUAACACUGGGUGACAUGUACGUCCACCUUCAGAGGGCCAUGGACUGUGAGGUGGAGGUGACUGGGCGCGUGCUGCUGCACUUGGCUAGCUAUGCCAAUGCCUUCAUUCGCCAGAGUGCGAACACCGCCCUGCGUCACAUGGUGCAGUCCUGCAGCCCUACACGCGUCUUGAAGGCCCUGCUCGCCGGCGGGCUGAGCCACCGUAAUGCUGCGGUGAGGGGUAGUGCUGCUGAGCACCUGAAGAGUCUGGUUGAGGUCAUGGGGGCAGCUCACAUUCUUUCAGGGAAGAAAGACCUCACUAAGCACUUCCUGAUUGCGGUCAGCAAACUAGCUGUGGACCCUGCACAGGAUGUCAGGCAUCAUGGCCUGAGUAUUCUGAAAAACCUGGCCACUCAUGGCAGCUUUGCUAAAAUGUGGCAGAAAUCUACUCAGAAAAAAGAGCAAGAUUCUUUGAGGGACGUCAUUUUAAAGCUCAACCUCAAAGCAAGGAAAUAAUCCCUACCAUCUAAAGUCCCACCUUCACUAUCAAAUAUGAAUACAUUUCCCAACUUAAGCACUACAGAACCUUUGAACUUGUUUCCAAAUGUUCAAACAUUUCAAAAUCAAAGUUUCUGUAAGGUUAAAAUAUGAAUUGUAUUUCAGUGAGGACAUUUGAGUACACUAAUUUCACCAUGACAAAAUUUUUUACACUGUUGGUUUCUGUCCACAUUAGAAUCGCCAG